AGUCAGACGCCGCGCAGACCCUGCGGACGUGCGCUUGCUGCCCUCGCGCCUUGAGGUGCGCGGCUGCUGGGCCCUUGCCGGCUCCAGGUGCCUCCAUUUGGAGGUCUUCCUGUUGAAUGCUGUGGCCGAAUCACUUUUCUCCAUUUUUGCCUUCAGUCCUUUCACUCCUUUCUCCAUGUUUGACUCCAGUCCUUUCACGCCUAAUCCUCCAACCUCCUGGCCCACCAAUCCAUAAGAGACAUUUGAAGUUUAAGAACACUAUGGAGCUCAUCAGAGUGUGUUACUGAAAAAUAUGAUGGAUGAAAGCAAUUUUAAAAUGCUAAAGAUUCAGGAGUGUGUAGAAGCCAACAAAGUGCCUAGAAACAGGCCAUAUAUUUGCAAUAUUUGCUUCAAGCAGUUUGAAACACCAUCAAAACUGGCUAGGCAUUAUCUCAUUCAUACUGGUCAAAAACCAUUUGAAUGUGAUGUUUGUCAUAAAACAUUUAGACAACUAGUUCAUCUGGAGAGGCAUCAGCUAACUCAUAAUCUGCCUUUUAAAUGUAGUAUUUGUCAACGCCACUUUAAAAAUCUGAAGACGUUUGUGAAGCACCAGCAACUUCACAAUGAAACCUAUCAGAAUGAUGUUAAGCAGGUCAGAAGAUUGCUGGAGGCCAAGCAAGAAAAGCCAGUAUAUGGAGUGUAUAACACUUUUACCAGCGAGGAGAGAUGGGCAUUACACUCAUGCUCUAAGCCUGAUCCCACGUACAGUACAACGAAGAGAAGAAAGAGUAUUCAUGCAUGUACAAUCUGUGGCAAGAUGUUUCCGUCACAAUCAAAACUUGAUAGGCAUGCACUUAUUCAUACUGGUCAGAAGCCUUUUAAAUGUGUCCUGUGCAGUAAAUCUUUCCGACAGUCAACUCAUUUAAAAAUCCACCAACUCACACAUUCAGAAGAAAGACCUUUUCAAUGUUGUUUUUGUCAAAAAGGAUUUAAGAUUCAAAGCAAACUUCUGAAGCAUAAACAAAUCCAUACUAGGAAUAAGACUUUUCAGACUCUUUCAUUAAAGGUGAAGAGUCCAGAAUCAUGCCCCCUGCCUAAUAAAUUAAAUACAAAGCAAGAUGGUUUUGAAAAUGUCGAUAUGGGUGAAUCUGAGAAUAAUCCACUUGAUGUCCACUCUAUUUAUAUUGUCCCUUUUCAGUGUUCAGAGUGUGAAGAAUGUUUUGAAUCAGAGCAGAUUCUCAAUGGACACAAGUGUUUUCCUGCCAGAGGUGGCAAAAUUCCAAGGAGGCUCAAAAGAAGCUACAACUAUAAAACCAUUGUUAAAAAAAUCUUGGCCAAGCUUAGACGUGCUGGGGGUAAAAAAUUAGAUAACUUUCGAACAGAGAAAAAGGUAUUUAAAAACAGUUUUUUGAAAAAUAAUGAUCUAAUUUCUGGUGAGCAGAACUCUGAACAAGCCCAGAGAACAUUUGUGGGUUCUCUUGGCAAACAUGGAACAUUUAAAACAGUUGGUAAUAAAAAGAAGAAAAUAUUGACUUUGCCAUUUUCUUGGCAAAAGCAAUUCCAGAGCCAAAAUAUGGGGAAAAAUUUGAAAGAUGUCCUUAUGACAGAAAGCAUAUUAACUAUGGAUAGUUCAGUGAAUAAUAAAGACUUGUCCAUCUAUGGUUCAUCAGGUGAGGAACUCUUUAAUAACUGUGAAGUGCUUCAGUGUGGUUUUUCAGUUCCAAGUGAAAAUAUACAUAAUGGACAUAAGAUGUUUCCUUGUGAUAAAUGUGAGAAAGUUUUUCCUUCUGUAUCCAAACUACAAAGACACUAUUUAAUUCAUACUGGACAGAGGCCUUUUGCCUGUAGUGAUUGUGGGAAAUCUUUUAGACAGUCAGCUCACUUAAAAAGACAUAAAGAAACACAUAUUGAAAAGGGUGCAUAUAGUUCUCUUUACCAACUAGAUUUUGAAAAUAUGAACAAAUUUCUUAGUCAACAAGGUGAUAAUGUUAGCUGUAAUGCUUCUGAACAAUGUCAGUCUCUUGGCUUUCAAAAAUAUGAGGUUUCAGAGUCAGGUCAGAUAUCUGAAAAAGAAGGUAAGGCAGAAUCAGAGGAUUUCAUUCUUGGUACCCAUUGUAGGAACAGACAACCCUAUCUCUCUAAUGCACUUUUGGAAUCAGAGCAAAGCCACCAUUGUUAUAGUUAUUCAGGGCAGCCUGAGAGAAAUGAUGGCCUCCUUUACCCAUGCAGUGUUUGUUGUAAAAGUUUCCGAUCUCCAUCUAAACUGGAAAGGCAUUAUCUAAUUCAUGCAGGGCAGAAACCAUUUGAAUGCUCAGUUUGUGGCAAAACAUUCAGACAGGCUCCUCACUGGAAGAGACAUCAACUUACUCACUUUAAAGAACGACCACAAGAGAAAAUAGCUGUCUUAGAUUCAGUUAUGUAACUGAAAAUCAUCAACAUGCUUGUCUCUGGUGAUCUUUUAAAACAUUUUUAUCUAAAGCCCUGCAUAUUGAAUGAUUGCAUAGGCAGUUUCUUGUCCUAUGUGGUAAGGAGACAAGAUACAUAGAACAUUAAUACAAUGUUUUAGGAACAGCCAAAUUAAUUUUUAAAAGGAAGAACAUGGUUUAAUGUCAUAAAAUAAACAUUUAUUUUAAUAUUAUAAGCAUACUUAUAAUAUUGGAAGUUAUAAUUCCCUGUUACACAAGCAACCUUUUUCCCCCCUUUUGUUUGUGGUGCUGGGGAUUGAACCCAGGGCCUUGUGCAUGCAACAUAAGCACUCUACAAGUGAGCUAUAUCCCCAGCCCCACAACCUUAUUUUUGAAAGGAGUUAUUCCUUGAGACAUGCCGUCUCCUUUAAUAUAUAUAUUUAUAUAUAUGUGUGUGUGUGUGUGUGUGUACACACACACACACUCUCAAAAGACUGAAAGGCAAAAAUGGCCUUUUAUUUGGAGCAAAUAGUGCCCCUGUAUUUUAUGUUACAUGAAAGCAAAAUUUUGUCCACCUGUAGCUCAAAUUUCAUUGGAAAACAUUUUUUUUCUUAUAAGUUUUAAAAACAUAGAGAUAAUGUGAAAGUGGAUGGGGAAAUUUACAACAUUAUUUUCAUAAGUCUUUUCAAAGUUAAUAGAUUAGGAUUGUGUGAUUGUUUAAUAUCCUUUUCCUUAGGGAUGAGGAUUUGGUUUUUUUGUCCUGUUAUUGUCUUUCCCCAAAAAACUUAAAAAUAUGAGAGGCUAGGCUAUAUCCACAUUUAUCAUAAUUCACCAGGAAUAUUUUCCAAGUGCCAUAUUUUUUUUAAUAAUAUGUACACAGUUUUAUCUUUUUAGAAGAAUAAAUGCAUUUCAUCUAUUUGCUUGUUAAUAGUUAACAGCAGUAAUUCACAAAAUUCUCAUCUAGAAAAAUGUAUUUCAAUAAGAUUUUUACAUUUAUUUUAGCAAAACUUUUAAUGCCUCUUUAAUUGAGUGGCUGUGUGAUUUAACUGAAUCUGUUCUAGGUUUGAUCAAAUGGCAUUGAAUAUAUGUAGUUUUAGUUUUUAUUCCUUUAUAAUUUUGCAAGAAAUACUAAGGAAUGUUACUUUGAUCCUUAUUAAGUUGUAUUUUGAUUAGUAAGGUAAUCAUUCCUGUAUAGGAAUAACAUAGUUGGUUAUACAUUUUCUAAACAGAAUUAUGAUUUGGGUAAUAUUUCAUUUAGUCAUAAACUAUGAGAAAGUUUUAAUCACAAAUUGUCCUUCACAUGUGCCAUUGUUUAUAAAAAUCUUUAGGAAUGACAUUUUCUAGUAACAAAAGAAAUGGUUGUGUUUCUAAGGUGAAAGGAACAAGUGAGUAUUUAUCUUAGCAUA